AUGUUCAAUCACGUGAUUGGCCAUCCAACCUCUUCUUCUUCUUCGGAAGAACCAACCCGUAAUCACCAACAACACCACGCGUUGUUGAUGAUGAUGGAACAAGACACUUUCGGAUCAACAACAACAUUGCAUGAUGAUGUAUCACUUUGGGAUGAUCUCGAGAUUUUAGAUGAAUUCCCAAUCACCACCUCCUCUUCUGAUGAUCAGCAUGCUGCUCGUAAUGAUAUCAAUCAUCAACACCACUAUUCAACGAGUAGUAAGAAUUCUGAAAUUAGUACUACUACUACUACUACUACUACUACGAAUGGUGAUAUGCCACCAAUGAGUGGAAUGAUGAAGAAUCCACCACCGUCUUCCUCAAAAGUAGUAGUAUCAUCGAAUCAAUUGAGUACGACGUUGUCACCUCAAAACAAGUCAUCAUCAUCAUCUUCUCUCAUAAUGACAUUGAUAUCAUCAUCUCCACGACCAACACGACCACCACCACCACCACGACCACGACCACCACUCCUACCUCGUCCCACCGUUUUCUCUAAAAAUGUUAAAAUGGAUUCAACUACUAAGGGAGUAGAAGCAACAACAACAACAACCACCUCAGUACCGACCACCAAUACUACUUGUUCAUGGAAUAACCAAUACAAUAGCAACAAUAGUAGUUUCACUUUGACACCAAAGAAAUUCAUUCCUCCACCUUUCAAGAAUGUUCACAACAAACAACAAGCACCACCACAAACAAUGACGAUGAGGAGUAACAAUAUUCAAACUCCUCUUGCAACUCCUCAUACCUCAUCCAAUACAUCGACUACUACUAUUAUCACUACUACUACUACUCGUAAUCCUUGUUGUUGUAAUCCUCUGCCAAUCACUCAUCACACUAGGAUAAUCAUGAAGAAUGAUGAAAUCAAGGAAAGGAAUAAGAGUUUGAGCAGUAGUGGUAAUAAUGCAACUGCUAGUGAUAGUACUACGAUCACCACUACUAUCCCUAAUACUUCUCUCAACUGUCGCAACCCAACCACCACCAUCACCACUGGUGUCACAAGAACGUCUCUUUCUGCACUACUAGUACCAAACAAAUCUCCACCACCUCAGAAAUUUGUGAUACCUCCAAAAUAUGCACAAAUGUAUGGUACUACUAGUAGUAGUAGUAGUAGUAGUAGCAAUAGUAGUACUAGAAGUAUCAUCAUUAGUAGUAAUAGUAGUGGUACUAUGACCAUCACCUCUUUAUCCAAUAAGAGAAGUUUUAUGGAAAUGAAUAGUGAAAGCAAUGUUGUUAGUUGUGAUCCUGUAAAUAAUCGCAAUAGUAGUACAAGUAGUAGUAGUAAUAGUAGUAGUACAUUCAUCAGUCAUGCAAAACAUCAAUCACUACGACCAUCCUCCUCCUCCUUAUCAUUACCAUCAUCGUUACCAUCCUUAUCAUUGAACAAACACCAUGGAUCACAACAUUCCACUCCACAACAACAACAACAUCAGGUCAUUCCAUCCUUCCGUAUUGUUCCCUCAUUUGAUCAUCAUCUCCUUUCAUCAAAAAAACAAAAAAUUGAAAUGCAAUUCUCUGAAAUCAAUUCUUCCUUAGGAUUGAAAGUUAAAAUAAUAUCCACUCAAUCGGAUAAUCCAUUAUUGGAUGAAUUGAUACAAGAAUGGUCAAAACAAAAAGUCUAUUAUUUCUCAUUGAAAAGAGAUGAUUGUGUUACUUCAAAAAGAAUUUGUAAUAUCAGUGGAAUUGCAGUUGGAUGGCCAUCAAAAACUUCAUUAUGGAAAGAACAGAUUGGUGGUGCAGCAAGUGAAGUAAACAACACUUCAACAAGAUUCAUUUUGAAUGAAAUUAGCAAUGAAAAGAAUGACAAUACUCUUCAAUUCAUUGAUGAUGAAACUGAUUUCAAUACCAUUUCAGAUCAGAAUGUCUAUUUCAUUGAAUUUGAUUCUAAAAGUCCAACCACUCGAAAGAUCAAAAAGAAAAUUCAAGAAAUGAUCUUCUCCAAAUCAAAUAUCAUUGCAUGUAGUUUUAACAUCAAACAACAAUUAGGAUAUUUAUAUGGAGAUGGUUUAUUUGGAACAAGUAGUAGUAGAAAUGGGAAUUCCAUGAGUCAUCCGAGAACAUGUAGUAGGAAUUCAGAUUAUUUUUUUGAAUUCAACAAUUUGUGUUUUGAUCCACUCAUUAUGGAUUGGAUGUGUGAUACAAGUUUAGAACAUGAACCUAAAAGUACAAUUUCACACAUGUAUCAUGAUUUGUUUCAUGAAUGUACUUCUACUAGUAGUAGUACCAAUAUUAAUACUAAUACUACCACCAAUACUAAUACUACCACCAAUACUAAUACCACCACCAAUACUAAUACUACCACCAAUACUAAUACCACCACUAAUCCUGGGAGUUCAUGUAUGAUGAAUGAUCAACAAGAUAGUCAAUAUUCAAGUAAUGACUCUUACAUCUCCUCAAACUCUUCCUCAAAAAAGAAGAAGAAAAAACCUUCCUCUUCUUCUUGGAAUGACAACUCUUGUACCACUCUUGCCAAUCAUUCUUACAUGUCCUUUGCUUGUAUGAACAAAUUAUAUCCACACAUUUUGAAUCUCAAUUUAUUACAACCAUUCAUUAAGGAAAGUCAAUUAAUUCCAAUUAUAGCAUCAAUGGAAUAUAAUGGAGUAGGAUGUAAUGUCAAACAAAUUGAUGAAUUAUCUAAUUUAGUAACAAAAGAAAAGGAAUAUCUAACAAGAGAAUUACAAAAACUAUCAAGAAAGAAAUUGACACUCACUAACAAUAAUGACAUUUCACAUCUCUUGUAUGAUGUAUUGGAAAUGAAUCCUCCUUCUCUUACUUGUAAAAAAGGUGCAAAAUCUACAAAUAAGGAUUGUCUAAGAAAAUUAUCGAUUCAAUAUCCACAAUAUCGAUAUGUGAUUGAAUCGAUUCAAUUAUUUAGAAAAUUACAAAAUAUUUCAACUAAAUUUACCAAAGAUUACAAACAAAAAUAUGUCAUUUAUGAAUCAUCCAUUUCAAGACAUUUAAUUCAUUCAACACAGGAACAAAAUGCAACUUCGACAGGAAGAAUCUCAUCACGAGAUCCAAAUUUACAAGCACUUCCAAAACCAUUGAAUUAUUUUAGUCAAGAAUUAGGGAGACAAGUAACAAUUAAUACUCGAUCUGCAAUUACAACAACAAGUGAUGAUUGUUUAUUAAUUAGUGCUGAUUUUUCACAAAUUGAAGUGCGUCUUAUUACUCAUUUUAGUCAAGAUCCAACACUAUUGAAAAUAUUUUCACAGGAUGAUCAAAGAAAUGGAAUUGAUAUUUUUAAACAAAUGACAAGUGCAUUGUUUACAACAGACUAUGAUCAUGUUACAGAUGAACAACGAUCUCAAAUGAAAACAUUGACUUAUGGAAUUAUAUAUGGAAUGGGAGAUGACAAGUUAUCCAUUGAAUUGUUUGAUAGUACUCACAGAAUAGAAGAUGCGAAAAGAUACAGAAAUAGCUUUUUCCAAAGAUUUAAGGGAAUAGAAGCUUUAAGAGAAGAAAUUGAAGAAGAGGUUAUGAAAAAUGGUUAUGUCACGACCAUAACAGGAAGACGAAGACAUUUAUCAUCUAUUUGGUCCACUGACAUCAGCUUAAUUUCAAGAACCAAACGACAAAGUUUCAAUUCCAAGAUUCAAGGAUCUGCCGCAGAUAUUAUUAAAGAAGCGUUACUUUCUGUUUGGAAACGAAAAAGACAAGAAAAGGUUGAAAUGAGACUCUUGUUGCAAAUACAUGACGAAAUUUUGUUCGAAGUGAAGAAAGAUCAAUUAGAAAAAGCAAAGCAAAUCAUCAAGGAAUCAAUGGAGUCGUGUUUCAAAUUAUCAAUCCCUACUCCAGUGGUCAUCACGAGUGGCACUAAUUGGGGUGAUUUGCAUUAA